UCUAUGGAAAACAACACAGAAGUGACUGAGUUCAUCCUCCUCGGACUAACCAGUGCCCCAGAACUGCAGGUCCCCCUUUUUAUAAUAUUCACUCUCAUUUACCUCAUCACUGUGGUUGGAAACCUGGGGAUGAUCCUGUUGAUCCUGCUGGACCCUCGUCUCCACACCCCCAUGUACUUCUUCCUCAGUAACCUGUCUCUGGCGGACUUUUGUUACUCUACAGCUGUCACUCCCAAGGUCAUGGCUGGGCUCCUUACAGGGGACAAGAUCAUCUCCUACAGUGCAUGUGCUGCUCAGAUGUUCUUUUUUGUAGCUUUUGUUGCUGUUGAAAAUUUCGUUUUGGCCUCCAUGGCCUAUGACCGCUAUGCAGCAGUGUGUAAGCCCCUCCACUACACCACCACCAUAACCACAGGUGUGUGUGCUUUCCUGGCCAUCGUCUCCUAUGUCUUUGCUUUUCUGACUGCUUCGAUUCACGUUGGAAACACGUUCCAUCUUUCAUUCUGUAUGUUGAAUGUCAUCCAUCACUUUUUCUGUGAUAUUCCUGCAGUGAUGUCUCUGUCUUGCUUUGACAGACAGGCUAGUGAACUCAUUCUUGUUGUUGUGGCAAGUUUCAAUAUCCUUUUUGCUCUCCUGGUUAUCUUGAUUUCCUACCUGUUCAUAUUUAUCACCAUCCUGAAGAUGCCCUCGAUGGAAGGAUACCUGAAGGCUUUUUCCACCUGUGCUUCCCACCUCACAACAAUCUCCAUCUUCUAUGGGACAGUCAUCUUCAUGUACGCCCAGCCCAGCUCCAGCCAUUCCAUGGACACAGACAAAAUCACAUCUGUGUUCUAUGCUAUGAUCAUCCCCAUGCUGAACCCUAUGGUCUACAGCCUCAGGAACAAAGUGGUCAAAAGUGCAUUCACGAAGGUUGUCAAGAAGGCAAAACAGUCUUUAGGCUGCACCUCCUAA